GUGCGUGACGAAGGCAAACCACCCCGUGGACUACUGAUUGGACUUUGGCUGCGCAGUGGAUGUAAGCGAGCGUCAGCCGCCAAACCCAGUGAAUGUGGGGAUGUUCCUCUAUAGGAGCAUCAACAAUCUUCAAGGCUCGGAUGUGGAGCGGACAGAGCUGGACGAUUGGGAAUCGCUACUCUACCUACUGUGUCUCUGCGCAACAGCCGGUGUCGGAGAAAAUCGUGGUCAACCACUCGGAAAUAUGGAGAUGCUGGCAAUUAGAAGCUGGUGCAUCAGUGCUGCCCCAAUGGUCGGGAUAUUAAAGACACUGGCACUGGGAUCCCUUCCUGCCUUUGAGAGCCUAUUAAUCCGCCGUUUUAACAACCGCCAGCCUGAUAUCGAGUAUCUGCGGACGCUAACUAGAGAUAUCUACACCAAUUUAUUUUGGAACCCAUCUCUCGGUGGUAUCCGCUGCAAAGGCACUGCGUUUGCUGGCGGCAUGCGGUUCAACCCAUUUGAGGAGCGAGUUAGGGAAAAAGACAUGCUUGUUGCCACCCUCGCUUAUGUUCUAGGCAUGGCUAGACAAACAUCCAGCUCUUUACUUUAAACAUUCUACUUAUGCAACAUUAUCUAGUUCCAUUAUAAAUUGUUG